AUGCUACGCUUCUCGGAGCGGAAGAUGAAGUUCCUCUUUGUCGCCGCCCUGAUCGUGGGUUCCGUCGUCUUCCUCCUGUUGCCUGGACCAUCCACGGCCGAUGAGAAGAAGAAGGGGCCCAAAGUCACCGUCAAGGUGUACUUCGACCUGCGGAUUGGAGAUGAAGACAUCGGCCGGGUGGUCAUAGGUCUCUUUGGAAAGACUGUUCCAAAAACGGUGGAUAAUUUUGUGGCCUUAGCGACGGGAGAGAAAGGAUUUGGCUUCAAAGACAGCAAAUUCCAUCGUGUGAUCAAGGACUUCAUGAUCCAGGGUGGAGACUUCACUCGGGGAGAUGGCACCGGAGGUAAGAGCAUCUACGGUGAACGCUUCCCCGAUGAGAACUUCAAGCUGAAACACUAUGGGCCCGGCUGGGUGAGCAUGGCCAACGCCGGCAAAGACACCAAUGGCUCCCAGUUCUUCAUCACAACAGUCAAGACAGCCUGGCUGGAUGGCAAGCAUGUAGUGUUCGGCAAAGUUCUAGAGGGCAUGGAAGUGGUGCGGAAGGUGGAGAGCACCAAGACCGAUGGUCGGGACAAGCCCCUGAAGGACGUGAUCAUUGCAGACUGUGGCAAGAUCGAGGUGGAGAAGCCCUUUGCCAUCGCCAAGGAGUAG